GCGAGCGCAGGGGCCGGGCUAGUCCUGGUCCCGCUCCGUUCCCUGCCCCGCAGCAGCAGGACAGAGCCGGCAGCCGAAUCCCACAGGCACAGGUAACCAUUUAGUGGUGACUCUCAAGGAAUUUUCCCCUUGCUUCUCCUGAAGGAGAAGUAGGUCCUGAGCAAGGAUGCAGCAGCCAGAAGCUGGUGAUAAGAGCAGAUCCCUUCCCUCACCAUGUCCACCUCAGGCCAGCCUCACUGAUGUCUCAUUCUACACACGCCGCUGCAUCACCGACGAUCUCAGCUGGUCCCUGGUCACUGUCCCCCCCCUCACGGAGCUCUGCCUCCAGCACAUCGCUCACAAUUUCGAAAACAACCCUAUUUUGAAUGAUCUUCUGCCUGAGCACCAAAAGAAGGUGGUGGAGAAGCUCUCCACCAGCCUUCCACUCUCUGUGACUGCCAACAGAGUAAGCCAUGAGGAGUACUGGAAGAGGUGCUGUAUGGAGCGCUGGCAAGUGUGUGACGUGUCCAACUACGGGGACAGCUGGAAACGGAUGUUCUUUGAACGUCACCUGGAGAACAUUCUGAAGUUUUUCAUCCCUAACACCACAGACCCCGACCAGGUCCUAGACCUCAUCCCGCUCUGCCAAGACUACGUGCGGAAACUGGAGAUCAAUCAGUUCCUGCCACCUUUGCAGGUGGAUCCAAAGGAGGAGGGCCAUGACCUCUCUGACGCAGAGGAUGAGGCUGAAAUGGGUGAGGUCUACAAGCAUCACUACAACCUGAAAGAGCUCAUUACUUCUCUGCCUCACCUUGAAGAGCUUCAUCUCAUUUAUGAUGUGAAGAGCUGUGGCAUGAACUUUGAGUGGAACCUCUUUAACUUCACUGAGCUGGACUGCUCCAACUUGGCUUCUGCCGUGAGGAUGUGCCGUAACUUGAAAGUUUUCAAGCUGACACGAAGCAAAGUGGACGAUGAGAAGAUCAAGCUCCUGGCCCGUAGCUUGCAGAAUCACCCUCGCUUGUUGGAGCUGGACUUGUCCCACAAUCUCAUCAGGGACCACGGGGCACAAGCGAUUGGCAAGCUGAUCAGCCACAGCAAACUAGAAACCCUCAAUCUGUGUAACAACCAGAUCUGUCACCUGGGGGCUCAGGCUCUUGCUCAAGGCCUGGCUGAGAGCUCCACCCUGACCUCCCUGAACCUGCGCCUCAACUUCGUGGAGGACAAAGGCGGGGAGGCGAUCGGCCGUGCCCUGCUGACCAACACCAGCCUGAAGUGCCUCCAUCUGGGAAGUAAUAACCUGUCAGAGCCAACUGCAGCAGUGUUCUCCCAGGUCCUGGCUCAGAACACCUCUCUGACAAGCAUCAACUUCUCAUGCAACCACCUGGGGCUGGAUGGUGGGAAGCAGCUGCUUGCAGGGCUGGCAAACAACAAGACUUUGACCGAGCUUGAUCUCCGCCACGCAGAGGUGGAACAGGAGACAGAUUUCCGCAUUCACGAAAUUGUGUGGGCCAAUCGGGAAGCAGUGAGGCUGGCAUCUCUGCAGCACCCCAGCACUGAACCCUCUGAAUGAAGUGCUCCAGGGAGCAAUGGGCUUUGGGUGUGCAGUCUUAGAAACACUCUGCUUCAAGGUCUUGGUUUUAUUUGCUUUCCUGAGAAACACAACUUGUGGCUGCCACCGUAGCCACAUCAUCCAACCUGUGACUUCAUUGGAGACAGACACUUGAUCUCAAGGCACUGUAGUGGCACCACAGAGCAAUCUGCCUCUUAAGCCCUCUCUCUCAUUGCACCCUAAAUCUCACCUCCUGUGAUGCUUUUCUGUGCUCCAGCAGCAAGCUUAUUUCAGGCAAGUGAAUAUUGUUUCACCUGUAAAGCAGCAAAGAUGAAG